AUGAAAAGACCAAAAAACCCCUUGCCACAACCCAUAAUCCCUCCAUCAACCCCACAGCAACAAUCAACCACAAACCUCCGACCAAUUUCCAAGAAGCCCAGAAACAUUCUCCAAAAUUCCCAACUCCUCACCGUCAACUGGACUCCUCUCAACGCCGGAAAAUCGGAACUCUACUUACCACUCACUUUUCCGACCGGCCAAACCUUCAGGUGGAAACAAACAGGCCAUUUACAGUACACGGGUUCAAUUGGGUCCCAUUUAGUUUCCCUCAAACAACUCGAAAACGAUGACGUUGGGUACUUUUUUCAUAAUGAGGAUUUUGCUAGUGGGGAAUCUAAAGGUGCGUUGUUUGAUUUUUUGAAUAUGGGUAUUUCGUUGAGUGAGUUAUGGGAGGGAUUUAGGGCGUCUGAUGAGAGAUUUUGUCAACUGGCGGAGUAUUUGGAGGGUGCCAGGGUUUUGAGGCAGGACCCAUUGGAGUGUCUGAUUCAAUUUGUUUGUUCAUCUAAUAAUAACAUUCAGAGGAUUACUAAAAUGGUUGAUUUUGUUUCAUCAAAGGGAAGAUUUUUGGGGUCUGUGGAAGGGUUUCAUUUUUUCGAGUUCCCAACUCUUGAUCGAUUGGCAUUAAUGACUGAAGCUGAGCUUAGAGAAGCUGGUUUUGGGUAUAGGGCCAAAUAUAUUGUUGGAACUGUGGCGGCUUUGCAAGCAAAACCUGGUGGAGGUAUGAACUGGCUUGCUUCUCUUCGUAAAUUAGAUCUUCAAGAGGCCAUUGAUGCACUCUGUAGCUUACCCGGUGUUGGUCCCAAGGUGGCAGCAUGCAUAGCUCUCUUCUCUUUGGAUCAACAUCAUGCCAUUCCCGUUGAUACUCAUGUUUGGCAGAUUGCAACCAGGUAUAUCAUUCCUGAGCUUGCUGGAACCCGUUUGACACCUAAAAUUUUCAACCGUGUUGCUGAUGCUUUUGUGAGUAAAUACGGGAAAUAUGCUGGUUGGGCACAAACUCUGCUUUUCAUAGCCGAACUACCUUCUCAGAAAGCACUAUUGCCAUCAAGCUUUUGGGAUACCGAGGAAAGAAGCUCGGGUAAGCUUGAAAAUAAAAAAUCCCGAGGUUCAGUAGCUGUUGCCAGCGUCGCAGCAGUGCGAUGUUGCGUUCAGCAGCUGCGAAUCUGUAUGUUGCUGGAUGUGUGUGGUUUUCUUGGUGGUGGUGAUUUUGGUGUUAUUGUUGGUUGUGAUUUUGCGGUGGUUUUCUCAACGGGGGAUUUGAGGUGUUUUGUAUGGUGGCAUCUGUGGUGA